UAAGAUGUCGACAACCAUGAUGAAGAGGGGAAGAUCGGAAACACUCCUUGGGUAAACCGCCAGCGCUCCGAUUUCGCGCAUUGGCUCCUCUACCCGGUUCAACGACACCCAAUGGCCAACGGCAAGCUCUGGGAUCAGUCUGCUUCGCAGUCGAUCCUCGGAUACUGGGGUCCUCCAACCAGUCAUGUCAACUUCUGUGAAGAGGACUACAUAUGGACCUACUUUGUUGCCGAAUUCAUCAAUACAGUGACUAGCUUCGCCUACAUUGCAUAUGGCAUCCAUGGCAUUCGUCGAUCGAAACGCCAUGAUAUUGGCCUCCUCUCGAUUACCAAUUCUUCCUACUUUGCUCUCAUUGGUGUUGGAGUCUUCAGUGGACUUUAUCAUACGACGCUGAAGUACCAUACUCAAAUGUCCGAUGAAUUGUCAAUGCAUGUCGCCAUCGCUACAGUCCUGUUACAAGUCUACACUUUCGAAGAGCCACUCGCCAUCCAGCGCCGAAACACAGCUAUUAUCCUCGGCAUCAUCAUCCCAUUCGUGAUCUACCACUGCCUGACAGAUGAGUUUAUCCUCCAUGUUGUCCUCUUCUUCGGCAUGUCCAUCACAGUUGCAAGAAGAAUCCGGCACAUCAUCCGCAUGCGAAUCAAAGAACAAGCCCAGAGAGCAAAGUUACGUUCGCUUGUAACCUUCGCGACAUCAAUCUCGUUAUUCGCCUUCUUUAUCUGGACUAUCGACAAUCUUUUCUGUCCUACGUUGACAAAGUGGAAACACCAAGUGGGUUGGCCGUUGGCUAUAUUGCUUGAGGGUCAUGGAUAUUGGCAUAUACUGACCUCGAUGGGCUCGUAUACCUUCAUGGCGCUUGUUGAAUUUCUUACCAGCCCAGAAGGGAGUCCUGACUUUGGCUUCGCUUGGCCGGCGAAAGCUACGUUGCAAGAUCUGGCGCUCACGAAAAAUGCCAAACCAGAUUCGAAGAACAUCUAGAUCGAAAUGAUUGAGAAUGGAGAGAUGGGAAUGACUCUUGGAUAGACGUAGAAUUUAGAAAGACGGCAGAAAGCCCACGAGGUGAUUUAUCAACCCAGAUUGGCCUACAGUCUGCUUGAAAUGAUGCAUACCUGCGGGUUUGGAGCUCGUUGCUGGCGGAAG